AUGAAACUCUGGAUUCUUCUGCUGGCCAUUGGAGUCAGUAUGGAAGAAAUACAAAGACAGGACAGCUGCAUUGAUCGGUUUCCUGGCAUUCCUGGGAACCCUGGGCAUAAUGGCUUACCAGGACGGGAUGGACGAGAUGGUACAAAGGGAGAAAAAGGAGACACAGGUGAACCGGGGCAUCCAGGAAAAUCAGGCACAGAUGGCAGAAGAGGAGAUAAGGGAGAACCAGGAGCUGAUGGCAGAGUUGAAGAGAAAGGGAGCAAAGGAGAUAAAGGAGAGAGAGGCUGGCCUGGGAAAUUUGGACCUAAGGGGAUAUCUGGACCUGUAGGUGACAAAGGUCAGAAGGGUGAGUUAGGGCCACAGGGUCGAAAGGGGAUAAAAGGUGAUCUUGGCCCGAUUGGCCCUAAAGGAAUUAAAGGUGAAAUUGGAGUCCAAGGUGAAACUGGUUUAAGAGGUCCCAUUGGACCAUUGGGUCCGGUGGGUCCAAAAGGAGGGAUAGGAAACCCAGGGCCAAAGGGCAAUAAAGGAAUGCAGGGAGAGAGAGGGUGGAAGGGGGACAGAGGAGAAAAGGGAAACCUUGGGGAUACUCCAGUUAUCCCCAGAAGUGCUUUCAGUGUAGGCCUUAACACAAAGUUCCCCCCCUCAAAUGUGCCCAUCAAAUUUGACAAAGUGAUGUAUAACAGCUUAAACCAUUAUAACACAGCCACUGGGGUAUUCACCUGCCAGAUCGCUGGUGUCUAUUAUUUCACUUACCACAUCACUGUUUUUGCAAGGAAUGUCAGAGUAACUUUGAUUAAAAAUGGAGACGCGGUGCUCCACACGACAGACAUGUACCAAGGUGCUGAAGACCAAGCCUCCGGAGGAACCAUCCUGCAGCUUCAGAAAGGUGAUCAGAUAUGGUUGCAGACCCAUGGAAGUGAGAAUUUCAAUGGGCUUUUUGCAGACCCAGAUGAUGACACAGUCUUCACCGGCUUCCUCAUCUUUAGUACCUCAGAGGAAGCAGCCUCUGCACCAUUCUCCAUCAUGUGA